UAUAUUCUAUCAAUAGAAUAUUAAUAAUAAGAUUUUUUAUUUAUUUGUCAUGAACAAGAUUUAAAGAUACUUAGAUUCUAAUGUAUUUUACUUUAAUUAAAUUAUCAUAAAGCAGACAUACUUCAUAAAAAUUAUGGAUACAUAAAAUAGCAUUAAAAAAUUAAAUAUUCCUUAAAUAAAUUUUAGAGAAGGUGGUUCUAUACCUUUAAUAGGUUUUGGAACUUAUUUGAUGAGAGGUUAAGAGUGUAAAAAGGCCGUUGAACAUGCAAUUUUAUCCGGUUAUACAUAAAUAGAUACAGCUGCAAUGUAUGGAAAUGAGUAAGAUAUAGCAGAAGUUAUUCAUUCAAAAAAAUUAAAUAUAUAAAGAGAAGAUUUAUUUAUAACUUCUAAAGUUAAUUACAAUGAAUAAGGAUAUGAAAAUGCUAAAAAAUCUGUUUAACAAAUGCUUAAAAGAUUAAAAGUAAAUUACUUAGAUUGUGUUUUGAUUCAUUGGCCUGGUGUUAGCCAUCUAGAUGACGAUGACCCUAAAAAUGCCACUGUUAGAACAGAAACAUGGAAAGCAUUGAUAGAGUUAAAAAAGCAAGGAAUAAUCAAACAUAUAGGAGUGAGCAAUUUCAAUAUAAAUCAUUUAGAACAUUUAAUCUCAAAUAGUGAGUAUGUUCCUGAAAUGAAUUAAUUUGAAAUCCAUCCACUUUGCCAUGAUCUAAAAUUAGUGAAAUACUGCUAAGACAAAGGGAUUAUUGUUUAAGCUUAUUGCCCUUUAGCUCGUAAUCAUAAAAAAGUAAUCACAAAUAAACUUAUAUUAGAAUUAGCAAAUAAAUAUAAAAAAUCUAUUGCAUAAAUCUUGCUUAGAUGGGGAUUUUAAAAUAAUUAUGUCAUUAUACCAAAAUCUAAAACGCCUAAAUAUAUUGAAGAAAAUUUGUAAAUUCUUGAUUUCUAAUUUACUUAAGACGAAAUGAAUAAACUUAAUUAGCUUAAUUGCAAUUUACAUGUAGAUUGGGAUCCAAUAUGCAUUAAAUAUUGAAACCUAAAUAAACUUAAUAAUAGUCAUAUAUAUGAAUAAUUUAUGGCUUUAUUUGUUUUAUUGAAAUAGAAUACUACAAAAUGCAUGUACUUUAGUAUGCUGAUUAUUGUAAAGUGUGUCUCUUUUUUUAUAAAUAAAUUCCAUAAUUAUCAAUAAUUUUUUUAGUUUUAAAAAUUAAAUUUAGUAUUAAAAAAUUCUCUUUAUCUUAAUUAAAUACUCUUAAUCAAAC